AUUGUGCUAAAGAAAAUAAUGCAAAUGCACUUUUUGUUUUCUUUUUUUUAUUAUAAAUACUUCAUUGUUCAUAUUUUAAAUGUGUACAGUUAGAUUGUUGUGUAGUUGUAUUGUUAUUGUUAGUUAAUCAUCGCAAUGGUUAUAUUGGUAUAAACGAAUGCUGUUGAAAUGUUUUAUUAAACAUACAAUACAUAAAACUUUUAUUGCUGUGUAAGUGCAUUUUGUAAAUAAAAUGUUUGGUAGACCGCGUUGCAGAGAAUGGACACCUUUGACCACUCAGCAACUUCGAUUACGAAGUCUUAUUCAGAUUGUGGGCUACAACAUCCGGCCCCCAGAAUGGUGCCGCUAUCAGUGCAGCUUCUACAUGACGCUGCACCACACCACCAUGUCGGCGCCCUUCUACACCAGCGAGAGAAUCACCUCCCCGCAUCCCAAGUGGAAGGAGAUCGAUGCUGAACUUAUGCAGAGCAUGUCAUCAACCAACGUCGUAAUCAGGAUCUGGUGUCACAUUCUCUCCCCUAAGGAAGAGGAGAGAAACAGCCAGAGCCAAGACACGGUGAUACAGACGUGGGGAGUAUACUUCAGCGGCCUCCGAUACAUUGGCGCCAAUUUGUCACUACAUUUCAACUCCGAUUGCUUUAAGAGCAACACGCUGGUGUUUCAAAUGCAGGGGGGGUACUUCUGUUCGUAUAAAAGUCUGAAACUAGAUAUCAUUCCACCGGGAAAUGAGCUGCAGCAUACCCCGUUGACGGGCGGCACUCCAGUGUCAGUAAAUAAGGAUAAGAUUGGCAGAAAGGUGAAGGAAUCUCCCUCUCCGAAAACGGGUAGGGAGUACUCUAAAAGCCACAGUCCUGUCGACAGGACGUUACGACAGCAUGUUGCCACGCUCAGGCCGUCAUCGAGUUUGUUUAUCAAAAGUGAGGGUACUUCUGAAAAGACAAAUUACAUAUUCGAGCAUUCGCCGAUCGAGGUGAAGGAGUCGAGCACGAGCGACGAGAGCGAAGAUGUCAACGUGGUGGAUCUGAGUGAGACGGCCGAGUAUUAUGACUUGAGGAACGAAUCUAGCCAGUUGCCUAAAUACAGGUAUCUCGCCCUGAACUUCCUCAAGUCCGAGAUCCGCAGCAGCUAUACAGCCAGUAAGCUGCAGAGCCUGCACUUGCUGCAGUACGCUAUCAAGCGGAGGCAGGACGCCGUGCUCGAAGUACGUGAGAAGAUCUACCAGAGGUCCGCGCUCGCAGACACACUCACACCGCCCGCCGACGGAGAGGGAGUGCUCAAGGCGAGGACCAGGUCUCAAAAGAAUCUGUUUUCGCGAGUGGAAGAGUGCGCGGUUAAGAGUAGGAGCAAGUCGUCCUCACAGAGCGACCGCGAAGGUGACAACGAGCUGCUCGCCAACGGGAAAGUGAGGCAGCCCCGCCUUACGCUCAAGCUGAACGAUCUGCUUUCUUACAAGACCAAACCAUCCCCCUUCCAAAGGGCAGAGCACGUAAGACUGACUAAACAACUAGAAAUAUAUCACUUCAAACGUUUGAUCCUCUCGGACGAGAGAGACAGCAAGCUUGCGAACAUCAGGCGAAUGAAGGAGACGCAUGCCAAGCUGUUCGAAGAGAAUCAGGAUGUCGGUAAGGAUUUGUCUGUUGGCUUGGAACUGAUGCAAGAUUACCACGCGCUGUCGAAGCUCAGGGACACCCUGCGGGGCACGCGUGACUCGUGCAACGCGCUGCGGUCGGUGGCCGCCGCCAGCCACGCCGCGUUGGCGCACUCGCGCUGCGAGCUGCUGCGGCAACUGCACGACUUGUUCGACAUCCAGCAGAAGGACGCCACCACGUGGAGCAUCUGCGGUGUACCGCUCCCGAUAUGCGACGACGAGGCGCGCGUGACCAACCCGCUACCGCAGUCCGUGGGCGCGGCUCUAGCGGCGCAGCUGACUGCGCUUGCGGCCGCCGUACUCGACCUGCCGCUGCGGUACCGCGUUGCGCUGACUGCUACGCCCACCGUCGAGGACAUGGUCGACCUGCCCAACCCUAAAAUCCCGUUGUACGUCCGGUCGAGUGACGCCACGCUGUUCAAAUACGGCAUGUUUCUGCUGAACAAAUGCGUUGCACAGCUGCUGUGGGGGCGGGGCUUGAGCGUGUACGACAUCCGGCCCACUCUCGCCAACUUGCGGCGCCUGCUCACCACUCCCACCAACUUGUCGGAUACGUCGAAGCUGUUCGGUACGUACCAGUGGCUAGCCAACGGUCAGUGUGCACGCGCCCAGUCGCUCCGCAGCCUGGUGGCUUCCGACCGCGAUCGAGCCAAACACUGCCGCCAAUUCAACAGGUUUAAGGAUUGCCUAGAAGGACAGUCGGGCCAGAAGGUUCAGCGACACAAGCACUCCCGCAGUAUGGGCAGCUGCCAAGAUGAACGGGAGCUGCCGCUAGAUGCAGCGUCCUCGAUAGCGGGCAGCGAACCCAAUAUUUACAACGUGGACUUGGAGACUGGUGACAGAGUGACACACCCCGACGUAGAGCUGUCGCACCAGCAGCUGUUUACGGAGACAGAGAAGCUGCUGAAGAUGUCCAGCAACAAUGAAGACCACGAGGUGCAGGGGAUCUGUACCGCGAUAGAGCAGUUCUGCGCCGACCGUGAUGUGUGUGCCACGCGUGAAAUCGGUGAUGAGCAGGACUGUGAACAAAUAGAGGUGAUCGCUACUAGUGUUGAGGAUUGACAGCAGGACCCGGUGUCCACCAAUCCCGUGCGCCGCUCACCAUUCGGCAUUGCAUCGGCCAAUCCAGACUCAGUGUAGCCGACGCAGUGUCGAGUAGCAAGGCGCGCCCGCUGCGUCACGACGAGUAAUGACCAAUGAGGCUCACGCAUUUCACGUUAUCAAUUGUUUCAGAAUAUUAUUGUUUUAAUUUAUAGCUGUGACAGGCCUGUUUCACUCCCCAUGUAUGUAUCGAAAUCGUAAAUACGUGCGGCGGCCUCUACAGAGUGGGCUAACUAGUAGGGACUCACGGGCGAGCAUUGUUCGUCACCUACUACCAAAAUGGAGAAACAUAAAAAAUCAAAGCAUAUUUAAGGUCAUUGAUGCAAAUUUAAAUUUUAUAACCCAAAGACACUGAAACAAUCUAAUUUAAAGUAAUUAUUAUUAUUAUGAAAUCACCAUUAAUUAUAGCUACCUAUUUAUUUCCUAUACUAAGUAGUUUUGACUAUAAAAUAAUAUUGAUUUAAAAUAACGUUUACGUACGUAUUUAUAGUAUAGAAAAAACUGAGUUAUUUUUAUGAGAUGACCUUAUACUAGGUAGGUACGGUUUUUGGUAAUGAAGACAACCCUAAUGUCGUCAGAAUAGGUGACAUUCACGCGAUAGAAAGAGAUGCAACUUCUAGGCGAAUGAAUAAAAAUGAAGGUUAAUUGCGAUGUGCGAUCUGAAUUGCACCUUAUUGUAUGGCCGCAAGAACACUAUUUCUUUGAUUGAUUUUGCGGAGUGAGACUUCUGUACUUGUACUAUUACAUAUCUUUGGUCGUGUUAUGGCUUUGUACGCUAUUAAUUUCGCAACUUAACUAUGUCAACAAAUUUAGGGACGCAGUUUCGGUGAGGCCAAAUCCCCGGUCAGUCACAAAUUUUUUAACUAUAAAUAUGUUAGCAAAAAAUUGUAAAAACUUUAUUGAAAUUAAAACAAUUUGAAUAUCUGUUUAUUAAUCCGUCGAGCAGUAUUAAUGGGACGUACGGUAGUGUUGUGAUAUAGUUGUUUGUGAACUAAUAAAUUAAUUUAUAUUUCGUAGUAUAUUGCAUCUGUUGCGUAACAAUCGGGGAUAUGCAUAUUGUUUUUUUUUUUUAUUAUUUUUAUUUCAUAAUAAAAACAUAUUUAUAAUGUUAAGUGCUUGUGGAUUUAUUGCAGUAAGGGGCAAGACGAGCAGGACCUUAAGCUGAUGGUAAAUGAUACGCCCUGCCCAUAACAAUGCAGUGCCGCUCCGGAUUCUUGAAAAAUCCAACAAUUCUGAGUGGUUUACAAUUGCGCUCGUCUCCUUGAAACAUAUGAUGUUAAGUCUCAUUUGCCCAGUAAUUUCACCUGCUACGGCGCCCUUCAGACCGAAGCACAGUAAUGCGUACACAUUACUGCUUCACCACAGCAAUAGGCGCCCAUAAUCUAGCCGGCAUCCUGUUCAAAGGAGCCUCCCACAGGUACGUUAAUGGUAAUUGUUACGUACAUAUAUAUAUGUAAAAAAGGCGUUUGGUUGAAAAUUAUAUAUUUGUCGUUAAACGUAGGUAUACUUAUGGUUUCACAAAUAUUAGGAAUCCGAAGAAGUCAUGUUCUCUUGAAAAAUUAAUUAGUGGUCAAAAAUAAUAUUUUCGGCAAAAAUAUUGAUGUCCACAUAUCUCUGACGAAAAGUUUUAGUCGUCUAGAUAUAGUAUUUUGCUGUUAGACAAUCGAUAAAAACAGGCCAGGAAUAUUAGUUUAGUGUCUGUAAGCUAUGUCUUACACUCGCGAUUUGUAUGACACUGUGUUAGAAUUGAAAAUGAAUUGAUCAUGGUAGAGGUUAGUUCUAAAUUCUAUUUUUUUUCGACGUUUUCAAAGCUGUCAUAGUUUAUCUAGCCGCAUAAAUAAUCUAAGUAUAUUAUAUCUUUAAACGAGCAAUUCUUGUAUAUAAAUAUACGUAUAUAUAUAUAAUCUGAAUCUCGGAAACGGCUCCAACGAUUUUAAUGAAAUUUAGUUUAUAGGUAGUUUCGGGGGCGAGAAAUCGAUCUAGCUAUUGUUUCUAUUUAAAAAAAAUGUAGUUUGAACCGUGUUUUAAUGAGAAACAGCUAAGAUACAAAGGUAAAUUUCGCCACUAUACAGGAUGUCCCAAAGUUUUGGGACAUCCUGUAUACAAGACUAUAAUAGCUCAGAUGGGACAUUGGGUGAUGCGGAAAGCAGAAGACCCCGGUUCGGAUCCAGAUGUCCUAUUAGAUUUUUUUGUUCAAGUUGACAUUAAUUGAAGUCAUAUGCAUAUACCUGUGAUAUGGCUAGCAACUAACUAUUACAAGGUAAUGAAUUUGAAAUAUAAUUAUUUAUUGAAAGUUAAAUAAAUUUGACUGUAUAUAUACUUUUGUUAACGUUGAUUCGGAUAGAGCUUACGUCUUGUGUGAAUUUCACACACAAACCCCCUCCAUUGAAAUGAUAUAAUUUUUUUAAAAGGCAUAAAUGGCAUUUAUUUUCUCAAAAUUAAUUCCUUUAGAAUUCUUUUUGAUGUCAUUUCUAAUAUAUUAGAUACUACUAUCGCUUCGGAAACAAAUGGCGCUCUGAGGGAGAAGAAGCGGCGCAAGAAACUCUCCCCGCAUACUCUGGUUUUUGCGCUCUUUUCAAUAAAAAUAUACAAUAUUGUACAGUCAUUUCUAUCGCAAUAUAAUAAUAAUAAUCUCGUUCCAGCCUGUCCGAUCACUUAGAUAUUCAGCUGUGGAGUGAUAGGAUUUACGACGGAGCCAUUUUUUUUAUAAAACAUAUAAAUUUAUUUAUAGAUAGUGCCUAAUAGCUUGAUAUAUAUUUACUUUGAUUGUUAACAAAAUGCAUAGACAGUUUAUACGUCUAGAUACGGUAUUUUACUGUUAGAUAACCGAUAAAAACAAGCCACGUUUAUUACUUUAGUGUGCAUGACAAGCUACGUCUUAUACUGUAUGCUCAAAAUAGAGGUUAACGGUCCACCUAUAUUUAUUUCGACAUUUUCACAGCAGUCACAGUAUCUAGACGUAUAGAUCUAAAUUUUUAUGUGAUAUUGCUUAUUAAGGGCAUACAUUCGAAAAAGAUCGAAAUGGAUUAACCGCGUUGUAUAUAUACUUAAAACAGUGAGAAACUUGCUGUAAAGGCAGUUUGGUGGUUUUGUUUUAUUGAGACAUUAAUUUUAUCGUUAUCCGGUCUUGUUAUACUUGGUAAUGAUAAGGAUAAAAUGUUAUUAUAUCAUUAAAUUGUUUGCACACUACAUAAUAAAAAAAAUUAAGUAUAUUUUGAGCGUAGUCCCUUAGUUCGUGUAUGUAUCAAUGUAAUUAUUUAUUUCGGUGGGAUUUCAAAUUGUAAACUCAUUUCAAAUUUAAAGUAUUGUGUAGUUACAUACUACGGAUGUUAUAUAAUUCUAUAAUAUUGUGUUCCUAUAAGCCAGACCUUUGAGAUAACUGAUUUGUGAUCACAAAGAUCCCACUUCUUUAAUAAUAUAGUAGAUAUAUAAAGGGCGCAACACUAUUCCUGUUGUAACUAGCCCUAUUAAAUAUUACAUCAUAUA